AUCACGUAGUUAAACAAUUUAAGAGAUGUUUCAUGACCACCAGAGUGAAAUCAAAUACUGCUGAACUUUCGUGACAUUUCUGUAAUGAUGAUGUGACCUCAGAACUCGACCACAUCACAGGAGCUUUGAAGCUUCCAGCAGUGUGUGUGUGUGUGUGUGUGUGUAACAUCCCACUGAGACAUAAAAGCCUGCAAAAGCUGGACAACAACUCUUCUUCCCUGUAACUGCAUUUGAGCUCUACACAACAAACCAAGUGUAUUCCUGAGGUUCAUUUAAACACGUUUUUCAGAGUGUCAGUUUAUCGGUGAUGGACGCAUACUGCAGUAACAAUGUUCUUCAGGCCAGGAGAGCCGUGGAGCAGCUCAGACUAGAGACAGAACUACAGAGAGUCAAGAUAUCCGCAGCAGCAGCGCAGCUGGUCCAGUACUGUCAGGAUCACCGGAGAGCAGAUCCACUGCUGACCGGCAUCGCCGCGUCCUCAAACCCGUUCAGAGACAAGAAGACGUGCGUGCUGCUGUGAACAGCCCUGCUUCUCUACAGACUGCUUCACAAAGCCAACUCAAUUAUCAAAAUUAACAUUUAUAAUGAUUUGUUUCAAACCAAACAAACAAGAAAGGGGACAUUCAAUCAGUCACAGAACAAUACAACAGCACUGUCGGCAAUAAUAACUAGACAUAAUUCAUAAAUGUAAACAUUUGUCAUUAGGAUAUUUUGUAGUUUGCUCUGAUCAUUAAGUGCAUUCAUUUUAAAGCAUUUUGCCUCAUUUGUAGAUUGUAUACUAUGUGUGCUUCAGAGAGUCUUCGGUCUAAGUAUAUUAUAAGCAUUGAUUAUGUUGAAAUGUUCAAGUAUUGGUCACACAAAUCACAAAAGCUGUUCCUGUGUUACGAAGCACUGAAAGGUUUUUGGACACUUGAGUGUGCAGCUGAGUGUAUUCUUCAUAGAGAAUGAUGAAAAACUGUGAAUGUCGUAUAGUUUCUAGAAUCAUUAAAAACAUGUAUCUGACACCUUAAA